GAGAAUUGUAAAUAAACAUAUUUAGAAAAAGAACUUUUCUGCAACCGAACCUCAUCUAGAAGGACAUUCAGUGAAUUUUGGAAAACAACAGAAAAUCGUUUUGUACGUUCAGAGACUUGAUAAGGUGAAAUCAUUUCAAACUUAAACUAUAUGAGCAACAUUUAAGUGGAUCAAACAGAGAAAUACUUCAAGUUUCGGAGCGUAUUCAACAUAUCAAAAAAAAAAAAAAACUAAAAAUGACCGAGGAAACAGAUUUUCCAAGCGAAAUCGAUAACAAUAAAAAUAAAAAUACGAUUCGUUGCCAGUUUUGUGAUUCGAUUAUUCUGAAAGCGAAAAGCGCUAACUACACCGAAAAUGAGUUUAAUUUACCGCUAAUGCAUCAAAAGAACAAGGAAUCAGUGACUAAGAGUGAAAUUUUGAAAAACUAUUGGGCUGUUGAUGAUAUGUUUACAUUUGAAAAUAUUGGAUUUUCCAAUACCGUGCAGAACAAGAAGUAUUUGAUUUGUGCAGAUUGCGAGAUGGGACCCGUUGGCUAUCACGAUAUUUCCACGAAAAAAUGCUAUGUCGCACUGAAGAGAGUCAAACAUGUGAAAUAAACGCAAAUCAUUUCCAAACAGAGAUUUGAUUAUUUUGGACAGGAUCCAAAGAUGGGUGGAUAAUAGAAAUUACAAUGCGGUAAAAAAAACAACAAAAUUCCAUAAAUUGUCUCCUUGCCUUAAGGAAAGCAAAAAUCAAAUAUGAAAUUUUAAUUAAAUGUUUAAUUAUUAAAAGAAUAUACUAAUAUAAAAUAAAAUAACUAAAAUUGAGAAUUCA